UUCCUACAGAAACCAUUCUCAGAGUUUCUCCAAGUCCUUUUUUUUCUCCUUCUAAUGUGCAUUCCUUCUUUCUUUGCCUUUCCUCCUAAUUCCUCUGCAACUUCAUUUGGUGCAGCCAGAUAUGUAGCUGCUGAAGGUAAUAAAGAAGCGGAGGCUCUCCUAAAAUGGAAAGCAAGUCUUCAUGACAACCACAGCCGAUCUGUCCUGUCUUCUUGGGUUGGCAGCAGCCCUUGCAAGUGGCUUGGGAUCACUUGUGACAAUUCUGGAAGUGUCGCGGCUUUCAGCCUUCCACAUUUUGGUCUGAGAGGUACACUUCAAAGUUUCAACUUCUCAUCCUUCCCCAAUCUUCUCACUCUCAAUCUCAAGAACAAUUCACUCUACGGAACUAUUCCACUUGAGAUAGGAUUGUUAACAAGUCUUAACGUUCUCUAUCUUGAUAAAAAUAAUCUCACGGGUUUGAUCCCUUCUUCUAUUGGAAAUUUUAGAAACUUAUCCUUUCUCAAUAUCGCAGAGAAUAAUUUAUCUGGAUUUGUUCCUCGGGUAAUAGGACAACUUGAAUCCCUUGUUGAAUUGAGUUUGCACUCUAAUAAUCUCAAUGGUUCUCUGCCCCCCGAGAUGAAUAAUCUCACACAUUUGAUGAUUUUGCACUUGUUUUCAAACAAUUUCACUGGCCAUUUACCACGAGACUUGUGCCUUGGUGGGUUGCUUGUAAAUUUUACAGCCGCCCUCAAUCAUUUUUCUGGUCCAAUCCCUAAAAGCUUGCGAAAUUGUCCUCGUCUAUUUAGAGUUAGGCUUGAGAGGAACCAAUUGACGGGGAAUAUUUCUGAAGAUUUUGGCCUCUACCCAAACUUGAACUAUAUGGACCUAAGUCACAAUGAUUUGUAUGGUGAGCUUACGUGGAAAUGGGGAGGUUUUCACAACUUGACAAGCCUAAAAUUGUCAAACAAUAAUAUCACCGGUGAGAUACCAUCAGAGCUUGGAAAGGCUACUGGGCUACAAAUGAUUGAUCUCUCGUCAAAUCUCCUAAAGGGGACAAUUCCAAAAGAAUUGGCGCAGUUGAAGGCGUUGUACGACCUUACUCUUCAUAACAACCAUCUUUUUGGUGUCCUUCCCGUUGAAAUUCAAAUGCUAUCUCAACUUCGUGCUCUUAAUUUAGCUUCUAAUAAUCUUGGUGGAUCAAUCCCAAAACAAUUGGGAGAGUGCUCGAAUUUAUUACAGUUGAACUUGAGUCAUAAUAAGUUCAUAGGGAGCAUCCCAUCUGAGAUAGGCUUCCUGCAUUUUCUUGGAAAUCUAGAUCUCAGUGGGAAUCUUCUGGCAGGAGAGAUACCAUCACAAAUUGGGCAAUUGAAUCAGUUAGAAACGAUGAACCUCUCUCACAACAAACUUUCCGGUUUGAUUCCAACUGCUUUUGUAGAUUUGGUGAGCUUGACAACUGUAGACAUCUCCUACAAUGAACUAGAGGGCCCUAUUCCCAAAAUCAAAGCCUUCAUUGAAGCUCCAUUUGAAGCUUUUAUAAAUAAUAGUGGUCUCUGUGGAAAUGCCAGUGGUCUAAAGCCUUGUACUCUUCUUACAAGCAGGAGAAAGAGCAACAAAAUUGUCAUUUUGAUUCUUUUUCCUCUCCUGGGCAGUCUACUUCUACUACUUAUCUUGGUUGGGUGUUUAUACUUUCACCACCGAACAAGUAGAGAAAGAAUCUCCUGUUUAGGAGAGCGACAAAGUCCACACAGUUUUGUAGUAUGGGGCCAUGAGGAAGAGAUCCUACAUGAAACUAUCAUCCAGGCCACUAAUAAUUUCAACUUCAAUAACUGCAUUGGGAAAGGGGGAUAUGGAAUUGUUUAUCGAGCCAUGUUGCCAACAGGUCAGGUGGUUGCCGUGAAGAAACUUCACCCAUCAAGAGAUGGCGAGCUUAUGAAUUUGAGAACUUUUAGAAAUGAGAUUCGCAUGUUAAUAGAUAUUCGACAUCGGAAUAUUGUGAAGUUAUAUGGAUUUUGUUCAUUAAUAGAGCACUCCUUUUUAGUUUAUGAGUUCAUAGAAAGGGGAAGUUUGAAGAUGAAUUUAUCUAGCGAAGAACAGGCAAUGGACUUGGAUUGGAAUAGAAGGCUUAAUGUUGUUAAAGGAGUGGCCAAUGCAUUAUCCUAUUUGCACCAUGAUUGCUCGCCUCCAAUCAUUCAUCGAGACAUUUCCAGCAGCAAUGUUCUUUUAGAUUUGGAAUACGAGGCUCAUGUUUCGGAUUUUGGGACAGCUCGGCUCCUGAUGCCUGACUCGACCAACUGGACCUCAUUUGCUGGCACCUUCGGAUACAUAGCUCCAGAGCUAGCUUACACAAUGAGAGUGAACGAGAAGUGCGAUGUCUACAGCUUUGGAGUGCUCACAAUGGAAGUAAUAAUGGGAAUGCAUCCGGGUGAUCUCAUCUCAUCUCUUUCUGCAUCAGCAUUUUCCUCCUCGUCGUGCUCACAAAUCAACCAGCAUGCAUUGUUGAAGGAUGUGAUAGACCAACGUAUCCCACUUCCUGAAAAUCGAGUUGCAGAAGGUGUGGUCUCCAUUAUCAAAAUAGCAUUUGCAUGCUUGCUUGCCAAUCCCCAAUCUAGGCCAACCAUGCGACAAGUAGCUUCGGAGCUCAUAGCUCGAUGGCCUCCGCUGCCAAAGUCAUUCUCCGCAAUAACAUUGGAAGAUCUGAUGCCUCAAACAACUGUGAGAGGCUGAGAAUUUUCCAAAAAAUUUUCUAUAAUUAUAUAGUAUGUGAUUGUUUCUACUUAUGUUACUUUCAAUUUUCGUAGCUUUAUUGUAAUAAAUUAUUUCUCAGCUUUGUAUUUUGUUUCUUCAACGAUUAAUAUGUUUUAGUACAGUAUUAUUAUCAAUUAAAGUGAAUAAAGGCUCUCUGCUAUAAUGAGGACACCUGGGUUUCAAGAUUCUGUUUCAUCCCUUGUAAUAAAGGAAAUCUUCAAUUCAAUAUUGAGCUAAAAUGAAUAAACAUGUAUAAUUUGUAA